AUGGCUUUCAAUCGUCCCGCUAUCGCCUCAAUGUCCUUAGGUCGGCCCUGGGUACACGACCUACCCGGCAAGCUGAUGCAAGCCGCAGCCCACGGCUUCGAGGGCAUUGAACUCUUCUUCGACGAUCUAGACUGCUACGCGCAGCGGGUAUUUAGCGGUGAUCACCACGAAGCCGCGCGGUCAACACGGUUGAUGUGUAAGCGCCUAGGGCUGACCAUUAUCUGCCUGCAGCCAUUUUCCAUGUACGAGGGCCUCAUCGACCGCGCGGAGUCAGAUCGGCUUAUCAAUGAGAAACUUCCCAAAUGGUUCACACUGGCGCGGGCGCUAGGCACAGACAUGAUCCAGAUUCCGUCAAACUUCCUAGGUCCAGACCCGAAGACCGGUGCUGCCCGCACCACUGGCGACCGCACAGUCAUUGUUCGUGAUCUCCAGCGCUUAGCAGAUUUGGGCGCCGGGGCUGGUUUCCGCUUUGUCUACGAGGCUCUCUGUUGGGGGGAUCACAUUGAUACCUGGGAGGCCUCGUGGGAGGUGGUCCGUGAUGUCAAUCGUCGCAACUUUGGUCUCUGUCUUGACUCCUUCAAUAUCGCCGGUCGUGUAUAUGCAGACCCUGCUAGUCCUUCGGGUCGCACCCCCAAUGCGGCUGCGGACUUGGCUGCCUCAUUGCAGCGCCUGCGCAUUGCCAAUAUUGACCCGGCCAAGAUCUUCUAUGUCCAGCUUGUUGACGGUGAGCGUCUUUCCGCCCCGUUGGAUGAGAAGCAUCCUUUCUAUGUCGCUGGACAGCCUGCCCGCAUGAAUUGGUCCCGUAACGCUCGUCUAUUUCCCCUUGAGGAAUCGCGUGGUGGUUAUCUGCCCAUUGUGGAUAUCGCUCGUGUCUUCUUCGAAGAUCUCGGCUUCCGCGGCUGGGUUUCUCUUGAACUCUUUAGCCGAACUCUCGGAGAGACCGAUCCAUUUGUUCCUGCGGACCACGCUCGCCGCGGUAUCGACUCAUAUAACAAAAUGGCUCGUAUCUUGCGCUGGGAAGAGCCUGCUGAGAAAAACUCGGUCCCAACUCCGGCGCCUCAGUCACCUGUUCAACACCGUCUCUAG